AAAACCGAAGCAGCGGUGGCGAAGAACGGACAUGCCUGACGCUUGUCUGCAGUUGCUUGUGUUGUGCUACGUUGUUUACCCGAAAAGGAGAGACUGACACCCUGUUAUUUUCAUCCUUGACUUCUUCUCGGGUUAUGAUAUAACUGUAAUAAUAAAGCAAAAACUGCGGAAAGAGCACCUGGGAACUGAGCAUGGUAGGAUCUUGAACAAAAAUAGCUGGUAUCGACGAAAAGAGGAAGGGAAGGAAUGGCAUCCCGAGAGAGGCUGUAUGAGCUUUGGAUGCUUUACUGCAGUAAGAAAGAUCCAGAUUACCUGAAGCUCUGGUUGGACAGUUUUGUUUCUAGCUAUGAACAGUUUCUGGAUGUGGACUUUGAGAAGCUGCCAACUAGGGUGGAUGAUGUUCCUCCAGGAAUAUCACUGCUUCCUGAUAACAUUCUUCAGGUCCUCAGGCUCCAGCUGCUACAGUGUGUCCAGAAAAUGUCAGAUGGACUAGAAGAGCAGCAGCAGGCUCUGUCACUUUUACUUGUGAAAUUCUUUAUCAUCCUUUGCAGAAAUUUGGCUAAUGUGGAGGAGAUUGGGAUGUGUUCAUACAUUAACCAUGUUAUCACCAUGACUACGUUAUACAUUCAACAGUUAAAAAGCAAAACAAAAGAAAAAGAAGUGGCAGAUCAGACCCCCAUAGAAGAAUUUGUGAGGCAUGCAUUGGCUUUUUGUGAAAGUCUCUACGACCCAUACCGAAACUGGAGGCACCGAAUUGCGGGACGUUUCCUUAGUACAGUUGAAAAGAGCAGACAGAAGUAUAAACCAGCCUCCCUCACUGUUGAGUUUGUCCCUUUCUUUUACCAAUGCUUUCAAGAAAGUGAACAUCUCAAGGAAAGCCUAAAAUGUUGCCUGCUACAUCUCUUUGGAGCUAUUGUGGCUGGUGGUCAGAGGAAUGCUCUUCAAGCAGUAUCUCCUGCCACCAUGGAAGUCUUGAUGCGUGUUUUAGCAGACUGUGACAACUGGGAUGACAGGAACCCUGAGGAAGUGAGCAGGAAGGCAGAGCUGACUCUGAAGUGCCUGACAGAAGUUGUCCAUAUCCUUCUAACCAGCAGUUCUGACCAGCGGCAGGUGGAGACAAGUACAAUAUUGGAGAACUAUUUCAAGUUGCUUAAUUCGGACCAUUCAGCUUUACCUAAUCCAAGGCGAUGCAGGCAGUGGGAGAGCAGGUUCAUAGCACUACAGAUCCAAAUGCUGAACCCCCCCUCAGCCAUGUUAGACUGCACAGAUAGGCCUGUUCUGCAGGCAAUUUUCCUUAACAGUAACUGCUUUGAGCAUCUCAUUCGACUGUUGCAGAACUGCAAGGUGUUUCAGGGACACCUAGACUGCUUGGCAGUAUCAACCAUUCAAGCCCUCACAGCAGUAAUGCACAAGUCUCCAGCUGCCAAGGAGGUCUUCAAGGAGAGGAUUGGUUAUGCACACAUAUAUGAGGUACUAAAAUCACUGGGUCAACCUUCACGGGAAUUGCUGGAAGAACUCAUGAAUAUGGCUGUUGAAGGUGACCACAUGGCUGUUGGGAUACUAGGCAUUAGUAAUGUCCAGCCCUUAUUGCUGCUUAUCCAGUGGCUUCCAGAACUAGAAUCACAUGACCUGCAGAUUUUCAUCUCAAAUUGGUUGAGGCGAAUCUGCUGUAUUAACAGACAGAGUCGUGCCACGUGUGUCAAUGCCAACAUGGUCAUCCGUAUCAUUGAGACACUAAAUUCCCACUCCGCGCUCCAUUGUGCUUGUGCAGAGAACCUGAUUGCCCUUCUGGGCUCUUUGGGGAGCCAGUCAAUGGGCUCAGAAGAACUGCUUCAACUAAUACGGCUCCUGAGGACUGAGGAACCAAAACGAGCUCACCCUUAUGUUGUUCCAGUGAUGCAAGCCAUUCUAGCAAUGGCCCGGAAGCAGGGCAUGGCUAGUGCCUUGCAGUAUUUCAACUUGUACCACAGCAUGGCCGGAAUUGCUGUUCCAUCAAUUCAUAAGUGGCCAGGCUCUGCGUUUUCUUUCAACGCUUGGCUCUGCCUUGACCAGGACCAGGUGGACCCUAGCAUGACUACCAAAAGUGGCAAGAGGAAGCAACUCUAUAGCUUUUUUACAGGAAGUGGUAUGGGUUUUGAAGCAUUUAUUACAUACUCUGGGGCAUUGGUGGUUGCUGUUUGCACGAAGAGGGAAUAUGCCACAGUGAUGCUGCCUGACCAUUGUUUUUUUGACUCUCUCUGGCACAACAUAACUAUUGUUCACAUGCCUGGAAAGAGGCCCUUUGGUCAGAGUCUUGUGUACAUCUACGUCAAUGGACAGCAGAAGGUCUCUGCCCCACUUCGAUUCCCUGCCAUGAAUGAAUCUUUUACUUCUUGCUGCAUUGGUUCAGCUGGUCAAAGAACAACAACUCCUCCUCCAUCUCAGAUACCAGAUCCGCCUUUUUCCUCCCCUAUUAUGCCCCAUCGGACAUCACUUGGGGGCAUUCUCUCUACAGGAAGUUGGGGUGGAAUGCUUGGAAAACCAGAGCUCAUCACCAAGAUGAUCUCAGCAGGGACUCAGGACAGUGAAUGGGGAUGUCCAACAUCUUUGGAGGGCCAACUUGGAUCAGUUAUCAUCUUUCAUGAAGCACUGCAACCUCCUCAGGUGAAAGCAUUAUAUUUAGCAGGUCCAAACUGUUUAACUCCAUGGAAGUCUCAAGAUGCUGAAGUAGCAGAUCUCCCCAGUAAGGUACUGCUUCAUUAUACACCAAAGGCCUGCAGAAACCCAAUUUGUCUUGACCUGUCUACAAAUCUUUUACAUGGAAGACUAACUGGAAACAAAGUAGUGAACUGGGACAUCAAGGAUAUGAUCAACUGUAUUGGUGGAGUAAAUGUGCUGUUUCCAUUGCUGGAGCAGAUCAGUUUUCUUGGUGGACAGAUGCCUGAGAAGUCUGAAGGGGAAAAUCUACCUCCAGAACUAGUUACUCCUGUAGAGGGAGACUGGGUGGUAUUGUCAUCCACAAAGGCAUCAGAAGCACGCCUGGAGAAGAACAUCGUUGCAACUUUCAUCUUGAUGAUAAAACACUUUAUUCAGAGACACCAUGUUAAUCAAGAAAAUCUCAUUCACUCCCAUGGAGUUGCCACCCUAGGAGCCUUGUUACAGAAGGUGCCAAGCAACUUAAUGGAUGUGAAUGUACUGAUGGCUGUACAGUUGUUGAUAGAGCAAGUCUCAGUAGAAAAGAACAUGCACCUUUUGCAACAGAUGUAUCAACACUUACUUUUUGACUUCAGUAUCUGGAACAGUGGGGACUUCCCCUUCAGAAUCGGGCAUAUACAAUAUCUUUCUACAAUCAUCAAAGACAGCAGAAGGCUCUUCAGAAAGAAAUAUGGUGUGCAGUUUCUUCUAGACACACUCAGAAUUUAUUAUGGGAGUGGCUGUAAAGACAGUGAUUUGGCUCCUGAUGACCUGAGAACAAUACGGACAUCCCUCUAUGGACUGAUCAAAUAUUUCCUGAGCAAAGGUGGAACACAUGAAGAAAUACAGAGCAUCGUAGGAUACAUAGCUGCCACCACUGAAGAGGAGCAGCUCUGUGGAAUUCUGGAUGUUCUCUUCAGCCUACUUCAUUCCAGCCCAAGCCCAGACCAGCUUUUUUUAUUGCUUUUUGAACCAGGGAAUGCUGAUAUUCUUUACGCUCUGUUAUUGCAUCAAAGAUACUCUGACAGGCUUAGAGAACUUGUGUUCAAGAUUGUGGAAGAGAUGCUGAAAUGUACUAAAGUUUAUGAACGUAGUAAGCAUCGUAUGAGACUCAGAGAAGUGGGAUACUCUGGACUGGGGCUCCUUCUGAAUGAAUCGCCAGUUACUGUUUCUCUUAUUAAAAACCUUCUUAACCAAGUUCUGUAUGCAGAUCCUGCUGUGAAUUAUAAAGAUCUCGUAGCUGUAGUGCAUCUGGCUCAUAGAUCAGAUAUAAACAUGAGAGUUGUUAUCUGUAGAAAGGUUUUCCACCUUUUGCAUUCCCAAUUGGAUGCAGCACAACAGAUUUCUCAGCAGCUGGGGUGGCAGGACACUUUGAUUAGACUAUUCCUGAAAGAAAACUCAGAGGUCCAGAUUGGCUUUAAAGAGAACAGGGCUGAUUCCUCAAGGGAAGAGGAAAAAAAGCCUCCUGCUGAAGAGCUUCAGAAACAUCAACCUGAUAAGACAGAGGGAGGCAAAACUGGCAGCUUUGUGUCUGUUAAUGGUCUGUUUGAUCAGUGGAGUUUAGAAGACAACAAAUCCCUGGAUGUCCCUGCUCAUUUCUCUGUUAUGCCACUGGAAGAUGCAUCCACAGCAGAGAUGUCUUUUAGGUCGGAGGACCGAGAAGAAUUGUGGCACAGUAAUCCUUCACAUUUGAGUUUAGAUCUCUCCAGUAUUGACUCUUAUGAAUUGGCUGACAUUGUGAAUCAGAUGACAGAUAGCCAGCCCAGCACACCGUCACCUAUAGAGAACACAAAACCAUUCUCUGGGCAGCCUGACAAAGAGCUGGGCGUUAUAAAUGAUGUGGGCUUCGCUGAUCUUUCUUUAUUUGAAGACCAAGGAGGGGGUGAUAAUGAACUCAUACAGUUACUUACAGACAUCCUACUGUGUAUAAUGUGGAAAGGCAUUGAAAAAUCUGAUGAUGCUGCUUGGAUUGAGAGAGGACAGGUGUUUUCUGCACUGACUAAACUGGGGAUAUCUAAUGAGUUGCUGCGACCUUCUGAUGAAAUAAAACUCAACUUGCUGGAGAAGAUGUUAGAAUGGUCAGUCACUGACAACAGAGAUUCAAAAGCUCUCCCUACACAUGCUGAAAAUGCCUUCAAGCUCUUGUUAAUUGUACAAGAUUUCCUGCAGGCAGAAGGACUAGUUAAUUCAAAUUUAUGGACAGAAAAGCUCUUGGAAGAACUAGUGACUCUCAUGGAUAGCCUGUCAGUCUGGUACUCUGCUGGCCUAGAAGCAAUGAGACUUUCACAGGUGCAAGUCCAGUUGCUCCUUGGAUUCAUUGCACAAGAUAACUUACAGGUCUGUGCUAUGGCAGCAGCCAAACUAAACACCCUCCUUCAGACCAAAGUAAUUGAGAGCCAGCCUGAAGCAUGCUACCUCUUGGGGAAACUGGAAGGCAUCCUGAGUAGAUCAAUUGAAGAGAAGACAGAAACUUACUCAUUUUUGAUUCCCCUUGUUCGGACAUUGGUAUCUAAGAUUUAUGAACUUCUCUUCAUGAACCUGCAUCUCCCUUCAUUGCCUCCUACCAAUGGCAGCCCAUCUUUCUUUGAGGACUUUCAAGAAUACUGUAGCUCUGAUGAGUGGCAAGUUUAUAUUGACAAAUAUAUUAUUCCAAAUAUGAAGCAGUAUGAAGAGAAUUCAUUCAGACGUGAUCAGGAGCAGAUGGCACUUUAUUGGAAAGAUUGUUAUGAAGCAUUUAUGGUGAACAUGCACAAGCGAGACCGGGAGAGAGGAGAAAGUAAGCUUAAAUUUGAGGAGCAUUUUGUGGAACCAUUCAGCAGAAAGGCUCGACAGGAAAAUCUGCGGUACAACAGUAUGCUAAAGCAACUUAAUAGUCAACACACAGCUACUCUGAGACAGUGGAGAGCAGCCCAGCUUUACUUGCUCUCUGAACGUGGUCCUUGGUCUGAAAUGAAACAGCAUUGUAUUUACUGGAAACUUUCAAAUGUGGAAAAUUUUUCACGUAUGAGACUAAAACUAGUGCAGAAUUACAACUUCAGCUCUCAUCAGGAUGCUAGUGACCUGAGAGAUAAUUUAGGUGUGCACCAGACACAGCCCUCUAGUGAGUCUCUGCUUCUGGAGGUGGUGAAGCAGGUGAAAGUGAGUGACUUGGAAGAUGAUGUUCUUGAACUACCAGAAGAAGACACAGCAGCUAGUUCCAAUUUGGAUGAGAAGGACGAGCAAAGUCAGAAAGAAAAGCUAAUAUUGUCUGAAGACUGUGAACUCAUUACAGUAAUUGAUGUGAUACCUGGCAGGCUGGAGAUCACUACCCAGCACAUCUAUUUCUUCGAUGGUAGCAUUGAAAAAGAGGAAGGGGUAGGUUUUGAUUUCAAAUGGCACCUUUCUCAAAUUCGAGAGAUACAUUUGCGUCGGUACAACCUGAGGAGGUCAGCUUUGGAGAUCUUCCUUACAGAUCAAACCAACUAUUUCCUCAACUUCAGUAAGGAGGUACGAAACAAAGUAUAUAGUCGAAUAUUGUCACUGCGUUCUCCAAAUAUUUCUGGGACCAGAUCUCUGCAGGAACUUUUUAAAGCUUCAGGUUUGAUGCAGAAAUGGGUGAAUAGAGAAAUAUCCAACUUUGACUACCUUAUUCAGCUGAACACAAUGGCAGGACGAACUUACAAUGACCUUGCUCAAUAUCCUGUGUUCCCCUGGAUUUUACGAGAUUAUACUUCAGAAGAACUGGACCUGAAUAAUCCUGCAGUCUUUAGGGAUCUGUCCAAACCCAUAGGGGUGGUAAAUGAAAAGAAUGCUAAGGCUGUGAAAGAGAAAUAUGAGAAUUUCGAGGAUCCUCUUGGAAUAAUUGACAAAUUUCACUAUGGGACACAUUACUCAAAUGCUGCGGGUGUCAUGCAUUAUCUCAUUCGGGUAGAACCUUUCACAACACUUCAUAUCCAACUUCAAAGUGGCAGAUUUGACUGCGCUGACAGGCAGUUCCACUCUAUUCCUGCUACCUGGCAGGCUCUCAUGGACAACCCCAAUGAUGUCAAGGAACUUAUCCCAGAGUUCUUCUACUUCCCAGAGUUCCUGGAGAAUCAAAAUGGUUUUAACUUAGGUCAGCUUCAAAUAUCCAAAGAGGUGGUAAAUGAUGUUGUUCUCCCCAAAUGGGCCCACUCCCCAGAAGACUUCAUCUAUAAACACAGGAAGGCUCUGGAAUCUGAGUAUGUUUCUGCUCAUCUUCAUGAAUGGAUAGAUUUGAUUUUUGGCUACAAGCAGAGGGGACCAGCUGCAGUGGAGGCACUCAAUGUGUUCUAUUAUUGUACUUAUGAAGGAGCUGUGGAUUUGGAUGCUUUAACAGAUGAGAAAGAAAGGAAAGCUUUAGAAGGGAUGAUAAACAAUUUUGGGCAAACUCCCUGUCAGCUGUUAAAGGAGCCCCAUCCGCAAAGGCUGUCAGCAGAAGAGGUGGUGCAAAGACUAACUAAAAGUGAUACCUCUACUCUGAAUCUCUUCCAGCACCUCACUGAACUGAAGUCAUUCUUCAUAGAGGGAAUCAGUGACGGUGUGCCCAUUGUCAAAGCUGUUGUCCCCAGAAAUCAGUCACGUUCCUUUAUUUCUCAGGGAAGCCCAGAGAUCUUGGUAACGGCAAGUCUGAACUGCAUUAUUGGAACUCAUGGUUGGCUACCCUAUGAUAAAAAUAUCUCCAACUAUUUUACAUUCAUCAGAGAUACCACAGUGACAAAUCCCAAAACACAACGCAACAUGAGUGGUCCUUUUGCACCGGGGCUGGAGAUCACCUCUAAGUUGUUUGCAGUAUCCCAUGAUGCAAAACUGCUCUUUAGUGGAGGACACUGGGACAAUAGCAUCAGAGUGACAUCUCUUACAAAAGGCAAACUGAUUGGACAGCACAUCAGGCACAUGGAUAUUGUGACCUGCGUGGCAAUAGACUACUGUGGAAUUCAUUUAAUUUCAGGCUCCAGAGAUACUACCUGUAUGAUAUGGCAAAUAGUUCAGCAGGGAGGAGUGCCUGUAGGCCUGGCACCUAAGCCAUUACAGAUCCUUUAUGGGCAUACUGACGAAGUUUCGAGUGUUGGCAUCAGCACUGAACUGGAUAUGGCAGUGUCAGGAUCCAGGGAUGGGACUGUUAUUGUCCACACUAUUCGGAAAGGUCAGUACGUGAGGACUUUGCGACCACCUUGUGAGAGUUCUCUCCUGCUGACUAUUCCCAAUCUGGCUGUGUCCUGGGAAGGCCAUAUAGUUGUCCACACCAGCAUAGAAGGAAAGACUACUCUUAAGGAUAAGAAUGCAUUACAUCUCUAUUCUGUCAAUGGAAAAUAUCUGGGUUCUGAGACUCUGAAGGAGGAAGUGUCAGAUAUGUGUGUGACUGGCGAGUAUAUCGUGAUGGGCAGCUUACAGGGAUUUCUUUCCAUACGGGAUCUCUACAGCCUGAGUCUCAGCAUCUCCCCCUUAGCCAUGCGACUGCCAAUUCACUGCAUUUCUGUCACGAAAGAGUAUAGCCACAUCCUUGUUGGCUUGGAGGACGGCAAGUUGAUUAUCGUUGGUGUUGGCAAGCCAGCAGAGAUGCGCUCAGGUCAGCUUUCCCGAAAGCUGUGGGGAUCAAGCAAACGGCUCAGCCAGAUUUCAUCAGGAGAGACUGAAUAUAACACUCAAGAUUCCAAGUGAUUGCUGCUUCUACCUUCUCUCAUGGAUUCCAGAAACAUAUUUAAUCUUUUGGUCACUUUAAUUGUAUAGCUCAACUUUCAGGGGCUUGAUUCUUAAGUCUGUUGAAGAUGAACCUAUGGUAGAGGUAUAGUAAUAAGCAUAUGUACUCAUGCAAGUUAGCUUGCUUGCAUAUUUUUCCUUAACUGUGUUGACUUGGUCACAGCAGAAUCCCUCUCUAACUAGCUGCUAAAACUGUGCUUCAGGAAAAAAGAAAAGAGAUGGGAAAAAAAACCCCAAAAAAACAAAAAAGAAAAACCCAAAACCCCCCCAAACCUCCAAACCCAAGCUUGCUAAUUGAAUUUAAGAUAAGUAGCAUUUGAUUUAAAGCUGUGUAUGGCCAGAUGCUCCUUGAUCACAAAGAAGGUAUUUGGCUUUGCUUUGACAGCAUUGUAAUUCCCCAGCAGUAAAUUAAAAUCUGGCAGUUAUAAUGGUCAGAUUCAAAAUUGGGAUAGCUGAUAGUAAUGACCUUUUCUAUAUGGUUUUUAGGCCAAUGAACAAUUUAUUGCAAUUUGUUCCUGUAAAUGGCUAUUGCUAUCUUCUUUUGUGUAGUUUCAGUUUUAGGCUGUUCUGCAAGGAACAUCUGUGUUGCACUACUUGAUUAUCAGAAAUUGUUUAAAGUACAGGCAUGAAUAACUUCAAAGGAGUUGAAGGUGGUGAAGGAGCUGAAGGAGGUAGGAAAUACUUGCUGCUGAAAAUUAUUUAUAUUGUUAAGUAGACUAAGACACACACCAAGAAAUCCCAUAAUAUAUUUAAUGUCUUGAAGAAAUACAAAGGAAGACUCAGUAUCUAUAUUGGUCAAAGAUCAAUCUGCUUCAUUAAUAAGGCAACUCCUACAAACCAAAGAUAAAUUUCCACUGCAAAAUCAUUUAAACAACAUUGCAGCACAAUUUAAUUAAAUAGCACCUGUUUGUUUCUUGGCUUGGUGUUCACCAAACCAGUUAGCCAUAUUUUUUUUUUCUGUAAAAACAAGCAGGGAAACAGAUAACGUAUCAAUUUUCAAGAUGUGUUUAAGACCUGGGAAAAGAAAAUACCAGAUCCUUAUGUGCGCUAUAUCCAACGAAAUAGUUAUGGAUUGUAUGCUGUAUUUUGGAGAAGCCAUUACUGAAUUUUUUUGGUUUAGGGAUAGGUGAUGGUGACAGAAGGGUGUGUGUUUUCCUAUCUUUCUGACAUUUUUAUAAUGUUAACGAUUUAAAUGAUAAACCCCAUACUGUUGGAGAAGCCUGGUGCUGAGGGAAAAAUAUGAAUUUUUGGAUCAGCGUGCAAAGGUAUGUGUGCAUGUGUAUAUAUGUGUGUAUGUUUGUGCGUGUGUAUAUAUAUGUAUAUACAUGUAUGUAUGUCUAUUAAAAGGACAAAAUACCAUGGGGUAAGGGGAGUAUAGAUAUGCGGCAGAGCUAUAAGUGAUUGUUAGCUAGUAUGUUCCCUUUUGGCUACCCCUUUCUUCCCUCUACCAUCACUUUUCUUGUUAUUUUUAUUUAUUUAUGGAAAUGAAUGUGUGUUGUAUCUCCUAUAAAUGUUAUCAGAUAUUCCCUGUGGCUGGGGAGCUGUUGACCUACCUGAGGAACUCCAUAAUGUAUAAUCUCAUUUCAUUAACUUUUAGCACAAUAUUUAUUAACUUUGUAGAACUAGUAAUACCUCCUUACCCCGCAAAAGGAUCAUCUUUACAAGUUCUGUUAGUCUCAUUAAAACUGUUUUCUCCUCCUCAAUUUCUUUACUGGAAAAAAAAAAUCCCUCUUAAUGACUGAUUCGCGUGCUGUGUAAAGAAAGUUGCGUUGCUUUUUCUUAACUUUUGUAAAUGAAAUAAUAAAUCAGACUAGUGAACAAGUGGGUCUAUGCAUAGCUGCAGUAUUCUAACUAAUCACUGUGACAGACUGGAUCGUCUGGAAAGUUAGGAGAAAAUAAGAAUUAUUUUCCUGAGUCACUUGCCAAGAAAGCAUUAAAUUUCCAAGAGUAGAGCGGUGUGGUUUUUUCAGACUCCAUGUAUGUGAAGAAAACACAUCCCGUAUUUUCAAAUAAGCUAUAGAGAAGUGAAAAAUACUAUUUUUAAUCAAUUACCUAUCCAGUAAGAAUACUAAGGAUACUCUGGAAGUAUUAAGUGUGUAUAGGAGAAUGUGAAGUAUGUUUGUCCAUUAUGAUUUCAUGAAGAAAGGAUUUCAGGGGAGCGCUUUUGAGAGUAGUUUAGAAGAAUUUCAGCUCAGAAUGUGUGAUUUUUCUGUGUUAUGGGAAGUUGGAAAAAAAGAACUCAUUUGGGGCAUUGAGUUGAUGUUUUUUGUAAGUAUGCAUAUAUGUUCUGUUUAAAUGCAUAUAUGAGGUUAAGUGUUUACUUGCAGGGGAAGGGGGCAGGAAAUUAUGUUUCGGGCAGAAUCAAGUGGAAAAAUUGAGGAGCUAGGUCUUUUGUAGUGUUUGGUGAGAGCAUAGUUUUCUUCUUGUCAGUUGCACAGAGGGGUUUGCAUAAGGGUUUGAAAAUGUCCUACUGUGGAUUAGGUAUGUUUAUACAACAGUUGAAUUAAUGUUUUUAGUAGUUUAAUAUUAAAGAAUACUGAAUACACUGUGUCAGUUUAAGUAAAAUAUAAUGUAGUUGCAAUAAUUGGGGAUGAAAGAGUUUAUGGUGAAGCGCUUUGACAUUUGAAUACCAUCAUUUCAGUGCAUCGCAAGCAUUAGGUGAUCCUCACAAAUAUCUGGGACAGGUUUAAAUGUAGACAGUUCUUGGGCUCUCAAACUUGAGGCUAGUUUGUGCUCUGCACAAAGCAGCAGCAGCAAAAUGAGGAGGGGGACAGGUGAGCUCUGAGCUGCUUCAUGCUCUACGCAGAAUGGCAACCGUUGCCUUUUGAUCUUUUAUCUGGUCCUUGAGGAUGGGAGGGUAUAUACCAUCACACGCUUAGCGUUCUUGCCAGAGGCCCUCUGGAAAGACCCGCAUAGGUUUGAAGGUCUGCACUUUGCCUUUAUCUAAAACCAGCUUUAAAUAAAAGAUACAGGUGGUAAGUGUGAGCAUUAGCUGGUAUGUUGUUUCUUUCGGUUUUAACUUAUUUGUAUAAGUCUCUUUAGAAAAUAAUUUUUCUGAUCAGCUGUUUAGAUUGGUUGAAUUGCAGUCUGUUAUGCAGUGCACUGUGAAUUAGUGAACUGACUUUCAUAAUUCUUUGAUUUCCUCAAGUCAAUAAAGCUUAGCAUCACAUUUUGUUUUUCAUGUAGUAUUGGUGAAAUAAGAUUCUCCUUUGUUUUUGAACGAAGAUUUAUUUAAGUGUAAAAAGUAAAGCUGUGAGAUGAGAGAAUUCUGAUUAGGAAUUCGGAAUAAACAAGUCUUAAGCGACAGUUGGUUCAUAACACUACAUUUGUCAAGAUCAUCUUGGUGUUUUCUUCUUACAUUUAAUUUUUGGUACAACCCUAAUGAUGUUUAUCAAAGUUUAACAUAUACUUACCUUUGAAGCUGAGUAAGUAAAUAGGAGUGUAAAUACAUAUAUCUAAAAAACUGAAAACUGACUCUCUUUUCAUACCUGUAUAUAAGUGAGAUCAAGUAGUUAGCAAUAUUGAGUAACUUCUCCCUAGCACAGUUUUGAACUUGCAUACCAAAGGAUGAUAUUUAGAAGACAUCUCUCCUUUAUUUCAAGUAAAACGUUUGUUAAAUUUCUCUUUAUCAAUUUACUUAUAAUUCUUGAUAGUAUUCUUAGUUGUCUUUUUGUCUGUAGUGAAGAAUCUUACCUAGUCUGUGCAGUUUUUGUACUAUACGAGCAUUCAGAAAGUGAAAUGUUUGCUGUUCAAGUUAGCAUCUGACUUACGUAAAUUAUUCUGUAUCAACAUACUUGUUGUCUAAUACUUGCUCAUAGGAUAUCUAGAAACCAUGUCUUCUAUCAUCCAUAUACCUUACCAACACCAGCACAAAAUAAUAAUCCCAAUCUUAAACUAACUGCACUUCUCCUGAUGGUUAAUACACAUUGUGGAAAUUAGGUUUCAGGAAGACGGUUUGAUUUAAAAAGGGAAAAAAAAAAAGGUAACAUCCCCACACACAUAUUACAGUUGUUUUGCUAAUCUGCAACAUUGAUAUAAACAAGCUUUUUUCCCCUGGUAUACCUUAGAUUAUGAAUAUUAUCACAAAACAGGUUUAUCAAAGUCUUUACAGGCUUUAAAUAGUCUAGUCAAUUGGCUGCUUUAUAAGGACCCUCUUUGAAGUUGUAUUUCUGUGUCCUUUAAAUGAAGCGCAAAGAACUAAGUUUCUGCACUGUAAAGAUUCUGUAUGGGAGUGGUAACAGUCCUACAUCAGUCUGCUUUAAGAUAGUCCUGCAGGAAUGAUAAAUUUAUUUUUAUUUGUAAUGCACAAUUAUUAGGCAGGUCUUUUAACUCUUGCCUUAGUCAAUGGGAGCUGUAUACCUCACUUCCCUAGACCAUGUCUCCCUUCUCCCUGUUCCCUCUGCAAGUCUUUCCCAAUCUCAAUUAAAAAAAAUCAUUAGAAAAUACGUGUACAGCAACCAAAUGCUUCACAAAGCUUUUACCGUGUAUGUGUAUUUAGUUGAAAAUGUGUAUCUAUAUAUGGAUUAUGGUAUGGUAGGGAGCUUUAGAGCUAGGGAGGGGAGUAGAGGAGGUGUCAGCCUCCUUCCACUCCUACAUUGAGAGUCUGUGUAGGCACUUGCUCUGUAUUGUCCCCUGAAGGCACUCCUCUCUUCCACUGUUAAAGGCACCUUGCUGGCUAGGUUAGAUGCUGAGGCUAGGUGCUGUGAAUAUUUUUUUUUUUCCUUUCAAAGAAUUAAAAAAAAAACAAACCCACACGCAUAUAAAUGCAUAUCCUAAUGUGAACCUAAGGCCUGAUCUAAUAAAUACUGUUAGAUGAAAGCACUACAUAGGGUUAUAUUUAAUUGGGUGGAAAUUCAAGCAUGUGCUUCAGUGCUUUUUAGAAUGGGCUUUUCAUGCUUUUUGGUUUAAAAGCUAUGUUGGUUUCAGCUGUAAACAUGAUACUUGUUAGUAGUCUCCUUUUGGGGAGAGUAACAGUUUUUGUGCAGUCAUAUGCCUGUGGUUCAUUGUAUACCAAUGUUAGACUCAACUGAAGUGUUUGGAAGAUGUCUUUCCUUCCAUCCCAAGGAGCCAAAUUCUCCUUGUUAUUACUAAUUGCCCUUGUUAGCACAUACUUUUAAAGGAAGCAAGGGGUUUCUGAAAAGCUACUGCA